AUGAGUCGGCCGUCAGUGAAGAUAUGUAGGGACUGUCUCCCCGGCGCACUGCGCACGUCCACGGGAGUCCAAAAUGCUGCGCGACUGCGGGGUGUUGCGCGCGAGCGCACCUAUGCCACCCAGCGAGGACUCCCCCGGACCGUCGCAAACCGCUCGAAAUCUGGCAUUCCUACUGCGCGAGCCCUGGGCUCUCAGCUGCCGUUGCGCGCGAGGGGGCGUGGUAUGGCCACCGCGGGCCAUGGCGUCACCGCCGCGGAGGGCGAGAAAGAGGGCUACGUCGUACCGACGGAGGGUCCGAUGAAGGAGUAUGAUACCCGCGUAGAAGAGGGUCGGCUACGGGAUGAUCCCGCAGGAAUCAUCCAGAACCUCCAAGACCUCUUCGAAGCCCUGAAAUCCUACGACGCGCCCAAGGUCAUUCACCCUUCUAUCGAGUCUCUUGAUCCGCAACCGAAGAAGUCUUUCUUCGGCUCGCUCUUCGGUGGAGGGAAAGAUAAGGCUGCGAAAUCGACUAUUCCGGAGACCUUGCCUGAGGGUCUGUACAUGUAUGGCGAUGUGGGUUGUGGAAAGACUAUGCUUAUGGAUCUGUUCUUUGAUACUAUGCCGCCGAAUAUCAAGAACAAGACCCGUAUCCAUUUCCACAAUUUCAUGCAGGAUGUACAUAAGCGCAUGCACGUUGUGAAGAUGAAGUAUGGCAAUGACUUUGAUGCGUUGCCCAUGGUUGCGGCGGAUAUUGCGGAGAUGGCGAAUGUACUCUGUUUCGAUGAGUUCCAGUGUACGGAUGUUGCUGAUGCUAUGAUUUUGCGACGACUCAUUGAAGUCCUCAUGUCCCACGGCGUUGUCAUCGUCACAACCUCCAACCGUCACCCAGACGACCUGUACAAGAACGGCAUCCAGCGCGAAUCAUUCAUCCCCUGCAUCAACCUCCUCAAAUCUGAACUGAACGUCAUCAACCUCAACUCCCCGACCGAUUACCGAAAGAUCCCCCGUCCCCCAGCAGCCGUCUACCACCACCCUCUGGAUACAGACGCCGAACAACACGCGAAGAAAUGGUUUGAUUUCCUCGGUGAUCCUAUUAACGACCCUUCCCACCCAGCCACGCAGGAAGUCUGGGGUCGCACUAUUCGGGUGCCUCGGGCCAGCGGCAAGGCUGCACGGUUUACCUUCAACGAGCUGAUCGGCACAGCUACCGGUGCAGCGGAUUAUCUUGAGCUGGUGCGGCACUAUGAUGCUUUCAUCGUGACGGAUGUACCAGGCAUGAACCUGAACCAGCGUGACCUCGCCCGUCGGUUCAUUACUUUCAUUGACGCGGUUUAUGAGAGCAGGGCAAAACUCGUCCUCACAACUGAAGUCCCCCUAACAAACCUCUUCCUCUCGGAAAAAGACGUCAAAGAUAGCCUCAAGGGCGAUGACUCCGAUCUCUCGGACGCAAUGCGCAACUUGAUGGACGAUCUGGGCAUGUCAGUGCAGGCGCUGAAGAAUACGUCUAUUUUCAGCGGUGAUGAGGAGCGCUUUGCGUUUGCGCGUGCUUUGUCGCGGCUUUCGGAGAUGGGGAGUCGGGAGUGGGUUGAGCGGGGUCUUGGGGUUGGGAAGACACCUGAGGAGAGUAAGGAGGAGAGGGAGGCUUGGUUGAAGACUAGGAGUCAUUGGAGUGAGGAUAACAUGUGA